AUGGGGCUCCUGUGGCCCCUUCUGGGGUGGGCCUGCCUCUGCCUCUCUCUCCUGGGGGGUCCCGCGUUGGCCCUGCCCAAGGGAACCGCGGCGCCGGCGAUGACUCCAGGUGCCUCCUCCCACUCCCUGCAUUACCUUUACACAACAUUGACGGAGUCCAGCCCAGGGCUGCCACAUUUCGUGAUUGUGGGCUACGUGGACGACCAGCUCUUUUAUUACUAUGAUUCUGAAACUCGGAAGACUGUGCCUCGAGUCCCAUGGAUGGAGAAGGUGGGGGAGGCAGAUUCCCAAUACUGGGUCGGGGAAACUCAGGCAGCGCAGAACGCAGAAGCUGUAUUCAGAGCGAAUUUUGCAAUUGCACAACAACGUUACAACCAGAGUGGAGAGUGUCGUUGUUCCUCAUUUUGCUGUUUCCUUCUAGAGCGUCCUGUGGGGAAGGUGAGCCGCAAGGAAGCCAGAGAUGGCCAGGAGACCCUAAUCUGCCAGGCCCACGGCUUCUACCCCAGAGAGAUUGAUGCCACCUGGACAAAAGGGGAGCAGAACAUGGACCACGAGACCUUCCGUAAGAAUAUUGCUCACAACUUUGAUGGGACCUAUCACACCUGGCUCAGCAUCGACAUUGACCCCAAGGAGAGGGACCUCUACCGGUGCCACCUGGAUCAUGCUAGCCUGCCAAAGCCUAUGGUCCUGGCCUACGAAGAGCCUGGCGUCAACAUGGGACUUAUUGUGGGAGUCGUCGUAGGAAUCGUGGUUAUUCUGGUGGUAGCUACUGGGAUCUACUUCAUCCUCAGUAAGUGCACAUGGAUAUUUUUCCUGGGCCUCAUACUCUGGUACUUUCUUCUGGAGAUUUUUACUGUUAGCAUUGAAUUUUUGCUGUUAGGUGAUCUGAGUCCCUCUACAGAGGUAGUGAAGAUUGGGAUAUAAAAGUUUUAAAUAAAU